CUACAGGAGUAUUUGAAAAAAUACUACAACCUUAAGACAGAUGGGGUGAUCCAGUCCAGGAAAAAAACUAUUACUCAAUUUUCAGAGAAGAUUCGCCAGAUGCAGGAGUUCUUUGGUUUGGAAGUGACGGGAAGACUUGACCCGGACACUAUGGAAAUGAUGCAGCAGCCCAGGUGUGGGUUUGCCGAUGUGGGUGAAUACAGCAUAUUCCCCGGAAACUCAGGAUGGAAGAAGAGAGAUCUGACAUACAGAAUAGUGAAUUAUACACCAGACAUGCCCGCUGCUGAGGUGGAUGCAGCUAUUCAAAAAGCCUUCCAGGUUUGGAGUGAUGUGACCCCCCUGACCUUUACUCGAAUUUACAACAGUGUUUCCGAUAUUGAGAUCUCAUUUGCAGCACAAGUGCACAAUGACUUUUAUCCAUUUGAUGGUCAACAUGGAACUCUGGCACAUGCUUUUGCCCCAAAUGUUGGAAUUGGAGGAGAUGCUCACUUUGAUGAAGAUGAAACAUGGACUAGCGGAUCUAGAGGUUAUAACUUGUUCCUUGUGGCUGCGCAUGAAUUUGGCCAUUCCUUGGGUCUCUAUCACUCUAACGAUCCCAGCGCCCUCAUGUACCCAACCUACCACUUCAUUGAACCCAGUGAAUUCCACCUGCCUGACGAUGACGUUAGAGGAAUUCAGUCACUCUAUGGAGCCAGAGAAGUCCCAGUGGUUACACAACCUCCAAGCACUCCUUCUUCCUGCCAGGCAAUCACUUUUGACGCUGUGACAACUUUGCGGGGAGAGAUAUUAUUCUUCACCAACAAAACUUUCUGGCGCCAGAUUACUCAGAAUGCACAGGCUGAACAUCAUUUAAUUAAAACAUUUUGGCCUGCCCUUCCAAAUCACAUUCAAGCUGCUUACGAGUACAAAGAAAAAGACAGGGUUCUGGUCUUCAAAGGUGCUAAAUAUUGGGUUAUCAAUGGUUAUGAAAUCACAAAUGAUUCACCCAAAAGCAUCUAUGACUUGGGUUUUCCCAGAACUGUUAGGAGAGUUGAUGCUGCAGUCCACGAUGAAAACACAGAAAAGACCUACUUCUUUGUGGAUGACAAAUUCUGGAGCUUUGAUGAAGAAAAGCAGGCAAUGGAGUCUGUUACUCCUAAGAAAAUAAUUGAUGGCUUCCCUGGUGUUGGAAAUAAGGUUCAUGGUGCUUUCCAAAACGAUGGACUUCUUUAUUUCUUUGAUGGUCAGCAUCAGUAUGAAUUUAGCACCGCUAAAAAGAAAGUCACCCGUUUACUCAAGAGCAACAGCUGGCUGAAGUGUGGAAAUGUGAACAACAACAGAGUGGAGAGCCCAAAGAAAGCUCUCAUAAAAUAA